AUGCACCAAUUACAAAGCGAUAAUCACGCUAUCGUCAUUAAUCCUGAUAAAACACCAGCUGGAGAGAAUAUUCGUAUUUUCAAUGCACCCGUUGUUGAUGACGUUGCUGGAAUCAUGGUUGGCGAUUCUACAGCUGCACGAGAAAUUGUGAUUCGUAGAAGAAAUAAUUAUCUUCAGUUCAUUGCUGACACACAUCGUUCAUAUGACGCUCUCCAAUAUCCGCUUAUAUUCUGGAAGGGACAAGACGGAUAUUGCAUAAACAUAAUAAAACGAAAGCCCGUAUCAGGAGCUGAAACAAACAAGAACGUUAGCUUAAAGGAAUAUUAUGCGUACCGAUUAAUGAUUAGACGUGGCCUGGACAACGUCAUUUUACGAUGUCGUGAGCUUUGUCAACAAUUCAUGGUCGACAUGUAA